AUGGAGCAGAUAGAUUCGAAGAGUAUAAAAUAUAUGGCUGAUAUGAUAUUAGAUCAUACUAUUUUUCCGUUUAUAAGUAUCAAUACCACCAGUUCUGAUAGAGACCUGAGAUUUUUAGUACUCGAUGUUUGUAUCGACAUGCCACCAAAGAUUGUAUCCGAUGGAAUUUGGGCUAACCGUGAUCAUGGUGUAAAGCCGAUGAAAUCAACUCUGCCAUUGUUAGAGCUGCAAAUUCUUACUAUCUUUGCCGUUACUCAAUGCUUUCAUUUGGUUCUUAAGCGACUCGGAGUCCCUUAUUUCGUUUCACAGAUCAUGGCUGGUUUGGUUUUAGGUCCUUCGUUGAAGAUUUCAAGUUCAUGGAAUCAUUUCAAGAACCGCUUGUUUCCUUACGGUUCUGAAGAUGUAAUAGGCGUGCUAUCGAUAAUUGGUUAUGGAUUAUUCCUGUUUCUAAAUGGUGUGAAAAUGGAUGUCAGCAUGAUAACAAGAACAGGUAGAAAAGCAUGGAUGAUAGCGUUUUGUUCGUUUGGGAUUCCGACGUUUCUUGGUCUCGUAGUAAGUUACUUAUUCAUAGAAGAUUGGCAAAAUUACCUAGGAGAAUACGAAUCGAAAAAUCUUCCUGUUAUAGUUAUAGGACAGAGUGGCUGUUACUUUGCUGUCAUAGCUUCAUUGCUCUCUGAUCUCGAGAUUCUUAACUCAGAACUUGGACGUUUAGCGCUCUCAACAGCUAUGGUUAUGGAUGCUUUCUACUCGAUUGUUUCAGGACUCGGCACUGCUUUUAUUAGCAGCAUUAAAACCGAUUCGCAUGAUGUUGAUGAUGGAAAAGGACUCGGUAAAGCUCUUUUAACUGUUUUCUAUUACUUCUGUUUCUUAGGAGUGACUCCUCUUUUGUUGCGUCCUAUAAUGAAAUGGUUUGUCCGAAACACGCCAGAAGGUAGACCGAUGAAGAAAACAUACACCUAUAUUGUGUUCAUCAUGGCUCUUGCAGUUGGAAUAUUGGGGCUAACAGCGCACCAAAGUGUUUUAGCCGGAUUCUUAAUUCUCGGUCUAAUUGUUCCUGACGGUCCUCCGUUAGGAACCGAAAUGAUUAAGCAGUUGGAGUUGUUUUCAACUUGGUUUCUUUGUCCUGUUUUUGUCACAAGCUGUGCUAUGAAAGUUGAUAUCGGUGUACAUGUUGAUAGCAAGUUGAUUCUUGUUUGGGUUGGGAUUAUUGUUCUUGUUCAUUUGUUUAAGAUGCUUAUGACAAUUGGAAUUUGUUGGCAUUGUAACAUGCCUAAGACUGAUGGUUUGUGUCUUGCUCUCAUGUUAAGCUGUAAAGGUGUUGUGGAUUUUUGCACCAAUGUGUUUCUUCAUGAUGCCAUGCUUUUGAGCAAUGAAGCACUAUCUGUUAUGACUUUAACUGUGUUGGUGAUGGGAACCGCGGCGCGAAUCGGUGUGAAGUUCUUGUAUGACCCUUCAAGAAAAUAUGCAGGUUAUCAAAAAAGGAGCAUCUUGAAUUUGAAACCAAACUCAGAACUUAGGAUAGUUUCAUGCAUCCACAAACCAAGUCACAUAACUCCAAUCAAGAAUAUUCUUGAGAUUUGCACUCCAACAACAAGCAAUCCAUUGGUAGUUCAUGUAUUGCAUCUCAUGGAGCUUGUUGGAAGAUCCUCUCCCAUUUUCAUCUCGCAUCGUCUUCAAGAACGACUUGGUUCAGGUCGCCAUACUUUCUCUGAGGAUGUUAUUGUUACUUUUGAUCUUUUCGAACACGACAAUGCAGGUAUUGCAACAGUGAAUACCUACACGGCUAUAUCUCCGUUGCGUUUUAUGCACGACGAUAUCUGUUAUCUUGCAUUGGACAAAGUGGCGUCAAUAAUCAUUCUUCCUUUUCAUUUGAGAUGGGCAGAGGAUGGUUCUAUUGAAUCCGCGAACGAGAAUAUUAGGGCUUUGAACACCAAGGUUCUCGAGAGAGCACCAUGUUCAGUAGCGAUCCUUGUCAAUCGGGGAUACUCUUCAUCUAUCAGCAUAAACAAUAAUACAAAGGAAAUCGCGAUGGUUUUCUUAGGAGGUCCAGAUGAUAGAGAAGCACUGUGUUUGGCGAAAAGAGCUAUCAAAGAAAACACUUUUCACUUAGUAGUAUAUCACUUGGUUUCAUCAAGCAAGAAUAAUGAGUUUAGUAGUUGGGAUGUUAUGCUUGAUGAUGCAAUACUAAAAGAUGUUAAAGGAAGUUACGGUAGUGCAAAUAAUGUGACAUAUGAUAGAGUAAACAUUGAAAACACUUCAGAUACAACUGCAUUCAUCUCAGGUAUCGCGAAUCAGUACGAUUUCAUUAUCGUCGGGAGACGCAACGGGAUCAAAUCGCCUCAGACCGCUGCACUUGAAGAUUGGACCGAGUAUCCCGAGUUAGGUGUGAUCGGUGAUUUGCUUGCUUCACCAGAUACUAAUACCAAAGCUUCAAUUUUAGUUGUGCAGCAACAAGUAACAUUCAAGCCAUGA